AUGGAUAAUCUUCGUUUGGAUCGUCUUUCAUCUCCUCGAUUUCAUCCGAUGAAUGGAAAAAGUGUCAUCUAUUUACGACGACAGUAUCAUAUGCCUGAUUUACGUGGAUCAACAACAACUUUGCAUUGGCUCGAUUUAGAAACAAACAAGAAUGUUCAAUUGACACAACCAAUUUGGGGAAAACAUGAUGGACAAUUCUUUUGGAUCGAUAAUAACACUAUUCUCUUUUUAUCCAAUCGAGCUUCAUCAGGUCUCACUCAAAUUUUUCAACUUACGCUUCCUGUCAACUUAUUAGAAGCGACUAAUACAUUUCUUGAACCGAUUCAGAUAACAAAUUAUUCAUUGAAUAUUGAUAACUUGUUAGUAAAUAGACAAGCAUCACGUCUUGCAUUUAGUUGCCAAGUCUAUCCAAAUUUAACGAUCGAAGAAACAUUUUCUCGACAAACGAUGAAGAAAAACAGUGGUCACUCAGUUUAUCAAUUUGAUAAGUUAUUCAUUCGGCACUGGGAUGAAUAUAUGACAGGUCCACGUCACCAUCCAUUUCUUGUUUCAAUCGAACGACAAUCGAAUGAAAUAUUCAAAUUUUCAUCAGAACCGAUUGAUGUACUUUUCAAUGUAGAUAGUGAUUCCCCAACAAGACCUUUUGGUGAUGCUAAAUCACAAUGGUCAUUUAGUGCAAAUGGCAAUUCGUUUGCAUACACUCGACAAUACGAUGAAACAAGUGCUGUAGCUUGGUCAACCAAUCUGGAUAUUUACACUGUGGAUUUGAGUAUACUUGGACAAUCAAGUGUGUGCAUUACAUGUGAUAAUGUGGCAGCUGAUACUAAUCCAUCUUAUUCACCAACAGAUGACAAUAUAUUGGUUUAUCGAUCACAGUCAAAACCAGGAUAUGAGGCUGAUCAAUUCAAAAUAAAACUCUACAAUGGAUCAAAUUCGAAAAUAACACUUCUCGAUAAUUGGGAUCGAAGCAUUGAAACUGUGACAUGGUCUAUUGAUGGUCAAUCUCUUUUUCUUGAACUUGGUGAAGAAGCACGAAAUGUCAUCUACCAUUUAUUCAAUGUAUUCACAAAUCAAUCACUCUCUCGUCUCGUCAGUCAUGGUACAGCACACGAUGUCAAUGUUCAUCCAAUCAAUAGUCGAGUGUUUGUUUUUACUCAUCAAAGUUUCGUUGAGCCAACCAAUAUUUAUUUAUAUUCAUCGGAUGCAUCAAUGCGAUCCCUCACUGAUCAUAACCAAGCUCUAUUAACCAAAGUGAAAAUAAGUCCUAUGGCUGAGACAUUUUCGUUUUUAGGUGCUCGGGGUAAUAAAGUUUGGGGAUGGCAUAUGCCACCGUCAAAUGGUACUGACAAACGAGCUCCACUUGCUUUUCUUAUUCAUGGAGGUCCACAAAGUAGUUGGUACGAUGCAUGGAGCUACCGAUGGAAUUUCCAAACAUAUUCUUCUCAAGGUUUUGCCGUAAUUGCUAUCAACUUUCAUGGUUCCGACUCAUAUGGACAGAAUUUUACAGACAGUAUUACAGGUCAAUACGGUUCAUUACCUUUCGAAGAUCUUCAGUUAGGACUUACUUAUGCACUGAACAAGUUUUCUUACAUUGAUCCGAAUCGAGCUGUAGCACUAGGUGCUAGUUACGGUGGAUAUAUGGUCUAUUGGAUUGCUGGACAGCCAGAAAUCAGUCGUCGUUUCAAAACACUCAUUUCUCAUAAUGGUUUGUUUGAUAUGAGAGCUAUGGGUUAUUCCACAGAGGAGUUAUGGUUCAGUGAACAUGAUGUAGGCGGCUACACUCCAUGGGAUAAUCCUGAUGCUUAUGAACUAUAUAAUCCAGUGAAUCAUGUUGCGAAUUGGACCCAGCCAAUGCUAAUUACUCUCGGUGCUCAUGACUAUCGUGUGCCAGAUACACAAGGAAUAAGUGCCUUUAAUGCUUUGCAGCGUCGUGGCAUCGAAAGUCGAUUACUCUAUUUUCCUACAGAAAACCAUUGGAUACUAAAUCCGCUUAAUUCACUUGCCUGGUACGAACAAGUGCUAGGCUGGAUGCACAAAUGGACAAAUUAA